GCAGGGUGUUGCCCUUUAUCACUAAGUGUUUGUCAACGAAGGUUGUGUUGAUUAUUAAUUUAGUCGCAAUUCUGAUGCCCAAGAGGUCAGUGUCAAAAUGAAAUUGAUCAGUGGCCACGUGGCGGUACCUACAGAUGAACCUGAAGCAGAUAAAUUGCGUAAAGACUUUAAAGGUUACAUCAACGGCCUAAUUCGACUAACGCCCGGCAGAUGGCUCUUGCCUCCCGGUUACACAAAUUUCGCCAGCAAGAUUUAUAACUUUGAGCAUAAAGAGACCGACGUCGUGGUGAUGACUUGGCCCAAGUGUGGUACGACUUGGAUGCAGGAACUCGUCUGGACCAUGACGAAUAACCCCAACUUAGAUAAUCCUGAUGCCGGGUUGCCUGUCAUUGUGAGGUCACCCUAUUUAGAGAUGGAUGCCUUCACGCCCCGUUUCCAAAUGGAAGACAUCCAUUCUACUAGCAACCCGCUAUACGACGCCUUUAAAAGAUGGUGUCCGGACAGGAAACCCGAAGAAGGGAUAUACCUGCAGUUGGCGGAAUGUCUGCCAGAUCCAAGGAUCAUCAAAACACAUCUGCCCUUUUCCCUGAUGUCUCCCUCGCUGCUGGAUGUCAGUAAGGUCGUGUACGUGGCAAGGAACCCCAAGGACGUCAUAGUAUCCUACCACCAUCACAGCAGGAUCAACAGGGGUCACGCCUAUGUUGGAGGCUUCGAGGACUUCGUCCAGUACUUCGUCGACGACGAUUUAUUAUACGGCCCUUACUGGCUUCACUUGAAGGAGGCCUGGGAGAGGACAGGCCACCAGAACCUCCACUUCGUCUUCUACGAAGACCUGAAGGAAAAUCCCCUGGGUGAAAUCAGAGCGCUCAAUGCAUUCCUCAAGACGAACCUGGCGGAGGCGCAGCUGGAGAAGAUAGUCAAACACGCGUCAUUCGAGGAGAUGCAGGCCAGGGAUAACGCCGUCGUGCCCACGGUCACGAGAGGAGGCGUUCAGAUGAGAAUCUUCGACGAGAAAAUCGUCCGUAGGGAUGGCGGCUUCUUCAGGAAAGGCGAAUCCGGAGACUGGAAAAAUAAACUGACCCCUGACCUGAAUGCCAAGGUUGACCGAUGGAUCCAUGAAAACUUGAAUAGUCUCGGCAUCAGAUUCAAGUUUGGAGAAAUUUUAAAGUCAUCUGGAAAACUGUGGGUUAACCCCCUGACACGGAGGUCAAAGUUGACCAGUGAAUCCAGAGGAACCUGGACCCAAUCGGCCCAAGCCUCAAAUAUGGAGCCUGAGGAAAAUGACUUGGAAGAAGGUACUGCCGACUCGACUACAUUUGUGGAGGUUCAUUUGCUGUGCUUGACCUUCUGCCUCUCAAGGAACACAGAGAAGAAGAAGAAGAAGAAGAGUUCGCUGACGGUGCGAAUGGAUUCUGUAAACCCUGCCUGGGCAAAUAUCUUGCUCCCUGACGCUAAGACCGGAGCUCUUUUCAAUCCAGUGGUCAAUCCACGACCUCGGGGUCAGGAGUCAAUUUACUCUCUCGUUUCACCUGACUCACCUGCUCAAGGGGCAGCGACACUGUUUGACCCUUUAGCUCCACACCGGGAUUUGUGGCCUGUGGGUUUCGCUGUAGGACCAUUCUCACCUUCAUUUGUACUUGUCGCCGCCAUGAGCCUCGACAGCGGGCACGAGGUGACCUUCCUGGAGGAGGAAGAGGCUCAGAGGAUGAGGAGACAUUUCGGGAAUUACAUCGACAGAGGAAUGGUGAGGCUCCACCCGGGGAGGUGGCUGCUCACUAAGAAGUACCUGAAGUUCGCGAAUAAGAUCUACAACUUCCAGCUGAGGCCAACUGACGUCGUUGUGGAGACUUACUCGAAAUGCGGAACCACCUGGGUCCAGGAGAUCGUUUGGACUAUGAGGAACAACCCAAAUCUUGACCACCCUGGGGCUAGAAAACCUCUAACGGCAAGAUCGCCGUUUCUGGAAUUUGAUAUGCUGCUGCCAGACUUCGACCCAAAAUCUCCACCUCCUAAUAAUCCAUUCAUCAACGCCUUCUUGGAACAAUGCCCCGGCAAGGACCCUGAAGAAGGAGUUACUUUCCAGCAGGCAGCGUCUCCUGACCCAAGGACCAUCAAAACCCACCUGCCGUUUUCUUUGAUGCCACCUGGGAUGCUAGAUGUCGCUAAGGUUGUGUACGUAGCAAGGAACCCGAAGGAUGUCAUUGUCUCCUAUCACCAUCACCACAAGAUGGUGGAGAUCCUCGACUUCGUGGGAACUUUCGACGAAUUCGUUCAGUAUUUUAUGGAUGACGAUGUAUUCUACGGCCCCUACUGGCUACACCUGAAGGAGGCCUGGGAGAAGAGAAGCCAUCCAAACCUCCACUUCCUCUUCUACGAGGACUUGAAGGCAAACCCUCUGGAGGAGGUCAGGAAACUUGACGACUUCCUCGAGACCAACCUGACGGAGGCGCAGAUGGAGGGCAUCGUCGAGUACACGUCCUUCGAGAAGAUGAAGGACAGGGCCGAGUGGAGGAGGCCAGCGGGGGGAGAUCCUGCUGCUGUGAAGGGGAGCAAGGAGAAGGAAGCUGAGGAGAAACGGAGGAGGAAGGAGGAGUACGUGAGGAAAGAGGGAGGCUUCUACAGGAAAGGUGUUGUCGGGGAUUGGAAGAACCGAUUGACACCCGACCAGGACGCCAAAGUCAACAAGUGGAUCGAAGAUAAGAUCAGCAAUUUCGGACUCGGAUUCAGAUACGCCAUCUGAUGAUCUAUAAGCAGACUGUCUCGAGCGACUGGUUGGCCAGCGAACACAUUAUGUUUUUUUUCUUGGGUAACAUUAGAGGCAGCAGGUAAUUUCUUGGCGAGUCUUUAGAUCGUUUUCAGUAUGAGAUAUUCCUCUCAUUUCCUCUUGAUCUUUGGAUGGGUUAUUGUAGUUUUUAAUUGUAAGUAUUGGACACACACACACACACACGCACACACACACAUAUGUGUGUGUAAUGGUAAUCUUCUUGGGCACGAAGAUAUGUUAAUUCAAGAAGAGGUCCAUUGGAGGACGAAACUGUUGGGCAUUUUCUAAGAAAAACUUUUCAUUUUCCUACGUGGAAUACAAUUGAAAUAUAUGUGCGCGCGUGUGUGUCUGUGUAUGAAGGUAUAAAUAGACGCACG